GACGCCUGCAGAAAAAUUUGCUUGGAGUGGUAAUCGGGGGUCAGUUAUAUGUGGCCGUGCUUCACCGUGCCUCUUUGGUUCUGCUUACAAAGGAAAAUGAUCCAUAUUUCAUUAUUUUUUAGAUCGUAUUCAGGACUAACAUUUAGCGGUUGCUGUCCAUUUGGCGAUAUGCAUGGGGAUACACAAAGUCUUUUAAUUUGUCUUAAACCUCCUGUUGAUAUGAGUCUUUAUCCCCCACCUGUACCCUCAAAAAGUGCUCAUCUAAUCAUUAAAUAUGAGCAAUGGGCUUCGUGCGCAUUAUUGUAAAUACGGUGACACGUUCUUCUUGCGUUGUCAUCAACCACAUUUUCCUAACCAGCAAGCCUAAAAUACGUACUUCCCAUUUCUCAUCCAGUGACAGCAGUGCUAUGAUUCUGCGGGGUGGAGCAGGUGCCUUAAAAAGAGUUUCCUUCGGCUAUUGUCCUGACAAACUACAGUGACCGUCCGCAAUGACCAAGAGGGGCCUGAACUACUUCUCAUACCUUAUAUUUAAAAAUCCCGACACAGAGCGGCACCCUGAUGUUCAGAAUGGUGUCUGUCAGAAGAAGGACGACAGCGGCGGCAGAGACGAGAAUGUGGAGAGGGGAAACUGGGCGAGCAAGCGGGAGUACAUCCUGUCCAUGAUAGGCUACGCGGUCGGGCUCGGGAACGUCUGGAGGUUCCCCUACCUGGCUUACAGAAACGGGGGAGGGGCCUUCCUCAUCCCCUACUUCACCAUGCUGCUGGUGGCCGGACUGCCCGUCUUCCUCAUGGAGUGCUCCCUCGGCCAAUUCUGCAGUCAGGGGCCUAUCAACGUCUGGAUGGCUGUACCCAUAAUGCAAGGUGUGGGGAUCACGAUGGUGCUGGUGAGCAGUUUAGUAGCAAUUUACUACAAUGUUAUUAUAGCCUACAGCAUCUACUACAUGUUUGCAUCCUUCCAAUCACCAUUACCCUGGAGCAACUAUGCUAUUUGGUCAGAUGAGAACUGCAGCCUGACCCCUAGAGAUGACGGCAGCAGUGUGGUGAACAUGAUGCAGAACACCACCUUUCCAGAAGCAAAUAUCAGCAGUGUACCCGUGCAAAACCCCAGUGAACGAUACUGGAAUGAGGUGGUGCUCCAGCGUUCGGGGGGCCUGGGUGAGACUGGAGAGAUCGUGUGGCCCCUGGGACUCUGCCUCUUGCUUGCCUGGGUGCUUAUCGGUGGAGCCCUUUACAAAGGCAUUAAGUCCUCUGGGAAAGUGGUGUAUUUCACUGCAACCUUUCCCUAUGUGGUUCUCUUCAUACUUUUGGUGAGGGGACUGACUCUGGAGGGAGCCAGAGAUGGGAUUCAGUACUAUAUUGGCUCCCAGUCCAAUCUGACCAAGCUAAUGGAAGCGGAGGUGUGGAGAGAUGCCGCAACGCAGAUUUUCUAUUCUCUCUCGGUUGCCUGGGGAGGACUGACAGCCCUUUCUUCCUACAACAAGUUCAAGAACAACUGUUACAAGGACUGCAUCAUCGUCUGCCUUACAAACUGUGGCACCAGUAUCUUUGCUGGUUUUGCUAUCUUCUCCAUACUGGGCCACAUGGCCCAUGUGUACGAGAAGCCAGUGCCUGAAGUUGUUGAGUCAGGCUUUGCCUUGGCUUUUGUUGCCUACCCAGAAGCCCUCUCAAAACUCCCUGUAUCUCCAUUAUGGUCCAUCCUCUUCUUCUUUAUGCUGCUCACCCUUGGUUUGGACUCACAGUUUGCUAGUAUAGAAACUAUUACAACUUCCAUUCAAGACGCUUUUCCCAGGCUCUUCAGGUCAAAGAGGUUCCACAUCACCGUAGCAACCUGUGCCAUCCUUUUUCUGAUUGGUCUGCCUUGUGUCACCAGAGCAGGAAUAUACUGGGUGAAACUGCUUGACCAUUUCUGUGCUGGCUGGAUACUGCUGGUCACUGCAUUGCUGGAGCUCAUUGGAUUGUCCUAUAUCUACGGGGCAAACCGGUUUAUCAAAGACAUUGAGAUGAUGAUAGGGACUAGGAGCGCCCUCUUCUGGCUGUGGUGGAGAGCCUGCUGGUUAUUCAUCACCCCAUGUGUGCUUUCAGUGAUUCUGGUUUGGUCAUUGUCCAGCUUCACCCCCCCGACCUACGGCUCAGUGGUUUAUCCCAGAUGGGGCUUGUCCCUUGGGUGGUGCCUCCUUACAUUCUGCCUUAUUUGGAUCCCCAUUGUAUCUAUGUGGAAGCUGUGGAAGGCUGAUGGUAGCCUUUGGCAGCGCUGUAAAGUGGUUUGUACCCCGACGGACAAGUGGGGGCCCUACCUGGAGAUCCACCGGACUGAGCGCUAUGCACAGCGGCGUGCCCUGCAAAUAAGCCCCAGCAUUGAGAUGUCUGCUCCCUCUGACGUUAGCAGCACCAGCUGUGGUCUGGCCACUCCAUCAGAACCUCUGAACUACAGCACAUUAUUUUGAUUUUUUUCUGUCUUCCACCGCUGUCGCUCCCCUGAUAACUUGGAUGUUUCCAUUACCAGAUGUUUGAUUGUAUGGUGGCAGAGGGCAGCUGAAGCAUGCUGCUUAAGAUCACCCCACUGGCCUGAUAGUCCCUGCAGCUCACAAAAACAAAUGACUUUUUCCAGCAGCCUGCUAAGAUCCCCUUGCUGAUUUAGAUCCUGCCUUCCUCAAUGGAAUGAUGUCAGAGUUGUUCUGUACCUUGAGGUCUUGCUGCAAUUGAUGAAAGCAAAAUAGGAACAAAUGACUUGUACAUAAAAUAUUCAGCAAGUGUAUAUUGUAUAAAAAUAUGGGCUCUUAACUAUGUGAAAACAUUGUUUUUAUAGAUGUUUCAAACAAUAUAUCUGCUAGAGCAAUUUUAAUGUUAUAUCCACUGAAUUAUUUGCUUGGCCUAUUAAAAAUAUUUUAUUUGUACUCAUUACCAUUAUGAAUUCACGUAAGUAGCAAAGCCCAACAAAAUUACAGGUGCCCCCCCUCCUGUGGGACCACCACCAGCAGGGGGGGCUGUGGGGGU